AUGGCGGCACACUUUGCCUUUGGGCCCCAAGAGGACGACCCCAUAAUCAAGCACAGGCUGCUCACGCGGGUCACGACCACCAGAGGGGAGCCGCCGCUGAAGAGGCUCCAGAAGAAGUUCCUCUCGCUGGUGGCAGAGCUGGAGAAGGAAGGGGACAAUCUCCGGGACUGCGAGAGGCUCCACAGGGCCUUCCUCCAGGAGAUGACCACCUUCGAGCUGCCCCUCUUCAAGAGCAGGGCGGCGGUGGCCGCCAACCGCCGGGAGAAGGAGGGCUUCAACGAGCUGCAGCAGGCGGCGCUCCGCCAGAUCGAGCAGGCCCGGGCUGAUAUCGAGGACCUGAAGAAGCAGCUCGAGGAGAGCCGGAUCGAGCGGCAGCACAAGGAGGAGUGCGAGGCGAUCAGGAAGCUGGUGGCACUGCAGCCGCCACGGUCGGAGACCCAGAAGACAAUCACCGCACUCGAGAAGGAGAUCGCUGCCCUGGAGGCCGAAAAUGCAGCCGCCAUCAGGACUGUCGAUCUUCGGAAGAAGCAAUUCUCUCUCCUCCUUCAUGUGGUAAGCCAAAGUCUUCCUCUUCCUCUUCUUCUUCUUCUUCUUCUUCGUCAGCUGAGAUUUUCAAGGUUUUGAGGACCACUUUCGGAAUUCCUGUCCAGGUGGAUGAGUUGCAGAGCACCAUAGAGGACGAACAGAGAAUUGUGGCGGACGAGCUGAGGGCCUUGGCCGGAGACGGCAGGGACUGCCCUGAAGAUGGUGGCAGCGGUGGCCCAGAUGCCAUGGCGGUGGACUGA